AUGCCUGGAGCAAUCUCAAUAUCCAAGGUCGACGGAAAACCCGGCCAGGUGUACUACCCACUGUCUUUGGACGAAGUGCCCAAGCCAUCGCCGACCAGCAAACAAGUCAUCAUAAAGAUCCACGCUGCUGCACUCAACCACCGUGAUCUGUUCAUCCGUCAGCAUCUGUACCCCGGCACCACGUUCGGCGUUCCACUUCUUGCCGAUGGCUGUGGCACUGUCGUUGCAAUAGGGAGCGAGGUCGAUGCCAAAUGGAAGGGUCAGAGGGUGGUGGUGAACCCAGGGACCGGGUGGAAGGACAGCCCGGAAGGACCCGAGGACAAGGCCGGGUACAGAAUACUCGGCGGCACCAAGAUGAAUGCCAACGGCACGCUGCAGGAAUACAUGGCGAUUGACGAGUCAGAGCUAGAGCUUGCGCCCGAGCACUUGUCUGCGGUGGAAGCGGCCGCGCUGCCCUUGACGGGGCUCACUGCCUGGCGCGCGGUAGUGACAAAAUGCGGCGAGCACAAUCUGAAGCCUGGGAAAAAUAUCUUGGUGACAGGCAUUGGUGGUGGCGUGGCUCUUAUGGCGUUGGAAUUUGCCAGAGCAGCCGGCGCCAACGUCUGGGUUACUAGUGGCAGCGAAGAGAAGAUCAAAAAGGCAGUUGGUUUAGGGGCAAAGGGUGGCGUCAAUUACAAGGAAGAAUCUUGGGAGAAGAAGCUGUUGGCCAUGUUGCCGACGGAGAACAAACAAAUUGACGCAAUCAUUGACGGCGCUGGAGGCGAUGUGGUGGACAAGGGCGCCAAAUUGUUAAAGCCUGGCGGUGUGAUCGCAAUCUACGGCAUGACUGUGGGGCCCAAGAUGCCGUUUCUGAUGCAGGCUGUCUUGAAGAAUAUCGACGUCAAAGGCUCAACCAUGGGAUCGCGAAAAGAGUUCAAGGACAUGGUUGAUUUUGUGAGAUCAACGAAGGCGAAGCCAGUCGUCUCUCGGGUCGUGGCGGGCUUCGACUUGGAAGCGAUCAACGGACUCUUCGAAGACAUGAAAAAAGGCGCCCAAUUCGGCAAACUGGUGAUCGAAGUUUCGAAGGAGAGCGCCGACAGUAAGUUGUGA